AUGGUUGUAAUACUGAAACUCCUUUAUGGAACCCAGGAAAAGGAGGAAAGGUCUCUUCAUGUAGUUCAUGAUUAUCUCAAAUUCACGAUUCUUUUGACUUAUUCUUCAUAUUAUGGAGAUAACAGGUGUGAGCCACUGAUUUGGUCUCAUCUUCCUCCAUCAGCUCGCUUAGUCUCCAAAGGAGAAAUAAAGUCUGAUCGUUACAUCAUCACUAGCCUGGAAUCUGGAGAUGAUAAAAAUGCACCUAUGAGCAUUUAUUUUCCUCUUUCUCUAACUCUUUUCUAUUUUGGAAGAUGUCCAAGCAACAUUAAACCACAAAAUAUGACAUCUGUAUCAGAAUUUCUCCUCAUACAACUGUCAGAGGAUCCAGAGUUGCAGCCUGUUCUCUUUGGGAUGUUUCUUUCCAUGUACAUUGUGACAGUGCUUGGGAACCUGCUCAUCAUCCUGACCAUCAGCUGGGACUCCCACCUCCACACUCCUAUGUAUUUCUUCCUGUCCAAUCUGUCCUUGGCUGACAUCUGUUUCAUUUCCACCACAGUCCCAAAUAUGAUUGUGCACCUCCAAAAUCACGUAUCAAUCAUCUCCUAUGUGGACCGCCUGACACAGAUGUCUAUAUUUAUUAUUUUUGGAUGUAUGGACAGUCUGUUUAUUGCUCUGAUGGCAUACGAUCAGUUUGUGGCCAUCUGUUAUCCCAUGCAUUACUCAAUUAUCAUGAAUCUUCAACUCUGUGCAUUGUUAGUGUUUGUGUCAUUUUUGUUUAGCCUUUUGGACUCCCAGGUACACAAUUUGAUUGUCUUACAAUUUUCUUACUUUAAGAAUGUAGAAAUUUCUAAUUUCUUCUGUGACCCUUCUGAACUUCUUAGUCUUGGCUGUUCUGAAGCCUUCAUCAUUAACAUUAUCAUGUAUUUUAUUGUAGCCAUCUCUGGAUUUCUUCCUAUCUCAGGGAUAUUUUUCUCCUACUUUAAAAUUGUUUCCUCUAUCCUGAGAAUCCCACCAACAGAUAAGAAGUUUAAACCCUUCUCUACCUAUGGGUCCCACCUAUCAAAUGUUUGCCUAUUUUAUGGAACAUGUCUUGGAGUGUACCUCAGUUCAGCUGUAUCACAUUCUCCAAGAAAUGGCGUAGUGGCCUCAAUAAGGUACACAGUGGUCACCCCUAUGCUGAAUCCCUUCAUCUACAGCCUGAGGAACAGGGGAAUUAAAAAUGCCCUGAGGAAGAUUUCAGAAAUUACUCAUAUCACUACAGUCAAGAUAAAAACAGAUUGA